CAUCAAUAAACUGUUUUUUUAGUAGCGAAUGCAGUGUAAAUAAAUUAAAGAAUCAUUCAAAUCACCACAUUUGAUGUUUAUUUUUAUAUGAAUCUUCCGUCAAUUUGGUGUAAACAUGAAUUUUGUUAAUUACGAUAUAGCCGAUGUUGAAAUCGUCAAAAAUCCGUCGGCAUUAUCAAUACACGAUUUGGUCGAAGAAUAUGAUAAACUGACAGCAAGUUAUAUGCAACACAAAGUUUUACUUGACCAUUGCAAACAGCAAGUGUACACUUUAAAAAAGGAAAAAGAUCUUAAGGAUAAAAUUUUGAAUCAAGAAUUGCAAGUAAUAACAGAGAAUUACGAAGGCGAACUGAAAGAAACAAAAAUCAAACAUUCGAUACAAAUUGGUGAACUUCAAAGUCGCCUCACAGACACAAGAUCAGCACUUGAAAAGCUCGAAUUGGAGAACCAACAAUUGCAAAAUGAAUUGACCACAACACUCAAUGAACAAUCGUCGAAACCAUGCCCCGAACAAAAUACAAUCAGUGAAAAUGAAACGAUUGUCUCCAAAAAACGUAUGGAAUAUUUGACGAAAAUUGAAAAUGAAUUUAUCCAAUUAACUGCGGAAUUGGCCCAAGUCAAAUCGGAAAAGGCACAACUUAUGUCACAAGUGACGCAAAAACAGAGCGAUUUGGACGAAGUGAAAGAAUACUAUGAAUGUUCUAAACAAAAUUUAGAAUACAAAACGGAUGAAUUGAAUGAAGCACAACUUAUCAUCGAAUCAUUGCAAGAAAAACUGGUUGAAAUUGAAAAUGAACUGCUGUCAUACAAAAAUGGCAAACCUGAUCACAAUUCAAAAGGCAAUUCAUUGUUUGCUGAAGUCGAUGAUCAACGACAGCAAAUGCGAGCCGUGUUAAGCCGCCAAAAGCAACAAUAUCUAGCGAUGAAAUCGAAGUACGAACUAAGCAGUGGAGAGAUAAAUCGUCUGAAACGUGAAAAUACCGAUAUACUGAAUGGAAUCAAGGAAUGUGCCAACAUGUUUAAGAGUGCCGAUAAAAUUCAAAAAUCGAAAUUUUAUGAAGAAAUCGGCUUCUUGAAGAUGGAAAAUAAUCGUUUGAAUGAAAAACUCAAGCAAAUUCAGUUAGAUAUGGAUACUUUGGCCAAAACACAUGGCGUCAACUGGUUGAGUUCGGUUUUGGAAUAUUGCGAAAAGGAGACGAAAGAACUAAAGUCACAGUUGGUGAGUUAUGGCAUGAAAAAAAGUGAAGCGGAAGGACUCUAUGCCCAGGCACAAGAAACGGCUGCCAAGUGGCGCUUUGAAGCACUUAAAAACCGUUGUAUAAUCAUGAACAGAGAAUUGUUACUUGAAAACAACAACAUCAAUUUUGAUGCAAAAUUGCAAAAUGUUCGUCAAAUAAUUGACAAAGAAUUUGAUACCGAUGAAAAACCCAUAAUUGACGAUGCAUUGACCUACACGAAUGAUAGCUUCAAACCAAACAUUUCCAUGUUCAAUGUUGAUUCGACAAAACCCAUUUCAAGCGGUAGUUGGUCCGAUGUAAGAGAAAUAUUUAGUGACAAUUUCAAUUAUCACACAUCCAAUUCAACAUCUUCAAAUGUACAGAACGAUAGUCGCGAAGACAACACAAUCGUUUUGUUACCAAAAGAAAAACCUCCGAUACAAGAAACAUUAACACCAUUCAGCGCAUUCAAUAGUGUGUCAAUCAUCAAAAGUGAACCGAUUAUCAAAUGUGAAGAGCAUAAAACAUCCAUUGUGUCUGUCGAAAAUAAGGAAAAUAUCAAUUCCAAUGAACCAAUCGAGCUAAACGAGGCUAAAAACAAAAGUGACACAAGUAUUAAACUUUCAUAUGAAAACAGUACAAAAGAAGAAACAGCUGCAUCUUUAUCAAUAACGAAACCAGAAAAUGUUCAACAAAAUUCAUUCUCGGUGCUUGACUCUCAGGAUCGCGUAAAACAUGUAAAUGUUGAAAUGUUUACAGUGACCUUUGGUAAGCGCAAAGAUUCAUCCGUCAAAUAACGUUCAUUCAUUUAUAUUCAUCAAUUGUUUAUAAUUUAAUAGUAUAUCCUGUCCAAUAAAAUCAAUUCGAUAUUAAUAAAUUUAAAAA